AUGCUGGUCGAGCUCAAGAACGGCGAGACGCUGAACGGCCACCUGGUCAACUGCGACAACUGGAUGAACCUGAUCCUGCGCGAGGUGGUCCAGACAAGCCCGGAAGGCGAUCGUUUCUUCAGAUUACCCGAGGUCUACAUCCGUGGCAACAACGUAUGUCUCCUUUCUCUGUCGCUGUGUCUCCGACGCGCAAACACUUUCCACGAUCCAGCCCUCUAA